AUGGCAUCCAACCCCCCCGGAGCUUGCUGUGCCUCUGGCUUCAAGCAUGAAGGCAACCCAGUUGGCGAAAUUAAGAAGAUUGAGGGUGUCGAGGCCUACUUCUCGUACCCCAAGGACAACAAGAGCCCCGAGAAGGCUGUUCUCAUCCUGAGCGACAUCUUCGGAAUCUAUGUCAACGCCCAGCUCCUUGCCGACGAGUUAGCCGCCAAUGGAUACCUCGCCGUCAUCCCCGAUCUCUUCCGGGGCGACGCCAUCAAGGUCAGCGAUAUGGAGUCCGGCAAGGUCAAUAUCACCGCCUGGAUUACCAAGCACCAGAUCGCCGAUGUCGAGCCUGUUAUCGAGUCCUCAAUCAAGCACCUCAGACAAGAGCUCGGAGUGAAGAGGAUUGCUGGCGCCGGUUACUGCUUUGGUGGCAAGUAUGUCUGCCGCUUCCUGAAGCCUGGAAAGAUCGAUGUUGGUUACACCGCCCACCCCUCCUUUGUGACCAAGGAGGAGCUUGCUGCCAUUGCUGGCCCCUUGUCAAUCGCUGCUUCUGAAAUCGAUCAGAUAUUCAACACUCAGCUCCGCCACGACUCUGAGGGUAUCCUCAUCAAGACUGGCCAGCCCUGGCAAAUCAACCUCUUCAGCGGCGUGUCCCAUGGCUUCGCUGUUCGUGCCGACUUGAACAACAAGCACUUCAAGUGGGCCAAAGAGCAAGCCUUCGGCCAGGCGGUUGCGUGGUUCAACCAGUAUCUAUAG